AUGGCAAUGGAGAUCUCUUCGGAGGAGGAAGCGGCACCGGAUGCCGUCGGCUCUUCCCUCGGUCUUGCAGGAGCUGUCGUUGCCUCUGAGUCCAGCUCUUCCAGCAGACAAGGCACGUUUGGCCUGCAAGCUUCUCUUCGGCGGUUCUUCCAGCCCUCUCACCCAGAAGCUCAGAAGCCAGUGCGGUUCCUUCCCGGCAAGCAGGGCGGUCGGCCCCUCUCUCGCGAGAUGAAGCAGAUCAUCGCUCAAGUAGCUGAAAAGCAAGCUCUCGAACAGAAAGCUCUCGACGAAGCUUUGAUAGCUCGAGAGAGCGAAGUGCAAAGCAAGAAGCGGUACUACGGAGGCCGCCCCAAAGGCAGGAGCUCUGGGAGAAGCGAUCUCCCAGUUGCCGUGCGGGCAGCUCUCGUGCAGGAGAUGGAACUCGCUGUUGCAGGCGACCGCUUCUCUGACGAAACGGAGUUCUUCAGUUACUUCGCCAAGAAGUUCGCUCUGCCGAAGAAGCGAGUCAAGACUCUGUGGCUGCAGCGGAGCUUGGUCAAGAAGACCUCUCAAAAGAACAAACUCUCACGCAAACCCCACCGCUACACUGGUGCCAAGGGCACCAAGAGGUCGCAUCUCAAGCGUGCGUACAGAGGCUUUCGUCUGCCAGGAGCGGGUCGGAAGCACUCUUUCCCCGACUUGGUGGACAAGGCUCGUGAGUGGUUCAACGAGAUGCGCUCUUACGGGAACCAGGUGCUUCGAGUGGACCUCUACAACUACUACAUCCACCUCAUGGAGAUGGACAAGAUACGGGUGCAGGCGGAUCUCUCUGAUCCGAAGCUGCUGCAGCCAAAGCGGACGCCUCUGCAGGUGAGGCUCUCGGAGCUGGACAAGCAGCUGGCCUCUCAAAAGAAGAGCGACAAAGCCAAAGAGUCUCUGAAAGGUCGUCUCGAGAAGUGGUGCUCUGCAAGGAACUUGAGGCCUCACCUCGUCACCAAGCUCACGCCUCUCCAAGAGCAGUCGAGAUGCCACUUGACGUGGCAAUCUUUCGACAGGGCUCUCUGGCUUGCUGCCUGCUCUGACGAGGAGACUCUGGGGAAGCACGUCUCUAAGCCAAAGCAGUUCUUGGAACACAGAGCCUCUCUCGCGAUCCUUUUCGCCGAUCAAAUUCCGCUCUGGAUAAAGGCGGGUGCCGAGAGGUCUCUCUUCGCCGAGUGGGAGCGAAAACCCACCUCUCAGGCGGCUCUCCGGCAGGACUUGGCUGCUCUGCACGACAAGCAACUCUCUGGGCAGGCGGACGUGGACUCUGGUCUGGUUGUGCAGCACCCAGACUCUUCCGGAGAGCCUCUCGCGGACCGCUUCCGCCUCACUUACGAAGCCCGGCAGGUCUUGUUGAACUACAACUCUCCGGGAACGCCGCCGACUGGCCUCUGUUACAAAGGUCUCAUCAUCAUCAGCGGGCCUCAUGCCAGACUCUCGAACAUCUCUCAAGACGGCAAGUGGCUCUGCGAUGAGACCUUUGAGUGGAGAGGGAACCUUGUCUCUCACAAGAAGGGCACCUCUGUUGGCAGGCUCAUGGAGCCAUGGAGAGCUCUGCGAGCCCAGAAGCCGCACCUCUUUGAGCACGUCUCUGUGAUGAUGCAACCGAGCUCUAAUGCCGACAGCAUCAUACUCUCCUGGGUGGCCCAGGAACUCUCAGAGGCGUUUCCAGCUCUGCUGGUGCAGAGGGACUGCCUGGGAGCCUCUUUCACAGAGUCUGUCUCUGGUGCCCACUUCUUGGGGAACACGAUCCAGACUCUGGUCGCUCCGAAGAUGACGGCCUCUCUCCAGUUGACGGACACAGACUUCUCUCGCAGAUUCAAGUCUCUGUGCCGCACCUCUAUGGCGGAGAGGAGGUCUCUGGGCCAGAAGGCUCUGACAGAGAGCGGCAAAUCCUCUGUCUGGGCUGCCUCUGUGGAGGACAUCUGCGAGACCAUCGUCUCUGCCCAGAAAGCCUGUGCCGAGGAUGCCUCUGACUGG